AUGCACACCUCGCCAGCGCUGCGAGACUUGGGUAUCGCAAUCGGGGCACUAGAUGCCAGCAGACGCGCUUCAACCAGAACAUCUCUUGAGCAGGAAAGGCCACAAUGUGUUGCAUACCGUUCGUAUAGUCGCUCAUUACAGUCUCUCCAGCUGCAACUGCAGACAAAGGAUGCCGCUACGAGCCAGGACGUAGCGUGGAGUACUUUUCUACUUGGACUAUUUGAGUUAAUGGCUGAGCCAUCUGGUGACGGUUGGGCAAAGCACAUGUUCUAUGGCACAUCAAAAGUUCUGCAGCUUGCUGGCCCAGAUGCUCACCAGUCGACGCUGCAGGAAAGACUAGUCAAUGCAUUUCGCGUGCUUGAAGCAAACAGAGUAAUUUUAUACGGAGAUAUCACAUUUUUAUCGGAGGCCAGGUGGAGGUUGAAAAACAGGACCAGAAGCGAGCAAGUUAAAAUUCCAGAUCCGAUGAUGGAAAUUACAGAGCUGAUGUUUCAAACGUCAAGAUUCAGCAAACAGCUUUUCGAUACCAUUGAGGGCAUUCCCGCGGAGAAAAGAUCUCACAACUCUGCUGUCAAAGCUCUAGCUCGUGAAGGAACCACACUGGAUCACAGAAUCACCAUUUGGAACAAUGGUAGUCUCUUACAGUCAGCAGCUGCAGAUCCUUUUACCCAGAUCUCAUUCGCAUACUAUUAUGCUCUUCAGCUCUUCCACUGCAGAAAUUUUACUUAUUAUUCGUGUUGGGAGACUGGAACGGUUCCUGAAUUAAGCCUUCAUGAAUCAAACGCGUAUGUCGCGGCAAUUAUAAGCAUAUGCGAAAAAUCAACUCAGGAUUCUAAUAUACCUGGAGUUAUCCUCUUGUUUCCCUUACGGAUGGCAGGAGCACAUGCCGAAGUUGGGCGGAGAAAUAAGAUCCUAAAGAUCCUCCAACAAAUUUAUAAUAGUGGCUUUGUAGUGGCAGAAAAAAUCACGAUAGAUUUAUGUGAUUUCUGGACAUAUAAAGACUUGGAAAUUUCGACUGAGAUAAGAACUUGA